AACCAAUCGGCGCGCGCGUCUUUGCGCCGCGCGCCGAUUGGUCGCCGGGGGGAGGCCCAGGCGCCCGGGACGCGGAGUCGCGUUUUGUGCGCGAAGCGGAUCCCGGCGCGGGGGGCUUCAACGGGGACCAUCAACGGGGGCCCGGCCGAGGGGAUAGCGGAGCGGAGGGGGGCCGGUCAGCGUGUGCGGGCAACACGGCCAGGGAGGAGGGCACCCCGACUGUUCGGCAGCACCGGCGGCAACCACUGCAGGGUGUGGCGCGCUUGUGCGCGUGCUGGUGCGGGGCAUGGAUCGCUGCCGCCACGUGUGGAGACUCAAGCUUUCUCAGAACCACUCGAUACUCAACCCAGACAAGUGGGCGUGCGUGGACUGCGCCGGCUGCUGCGCAGUGCGGAAGACCAAUGACGGCGGUGCGUGCAACAGCGAGGGUGGAGGCCUGCCUGUGGACGUCGGAGGCCUGCCUGUGGACGUCGGAGGUGGUGGCGCCGGCGGUGCUGGUCAUACUGGCGGUGCGGUUUGUAACCACGUGUGCGGUGGCGGCGGAGCGGUUUGCGAGCCGCACGACGUGUCAGGUUUUGCCUCUUGUGGUACCGCAGCCGCCGCUGCCGCCACCUUCUGCGAUGACGGCGCCUGCGAUUGCGCCUCCUCGGUGUGGGCCUGCCUGACGUGCCCCCACGUAGCGUGCGGGCGUGACGUGGCUGCUCACGCCGACCGGCACGCCGCGAUGAUGCGGCACCCGCUCGCCAUGCACGUGGCGGAGCUCUACGUGUUCUGCUUCGCGUGCGACGACUACGUCCUCAACGACAACGCGCAGGGCGACCUUAAGCUGCUGCGGGGGGCCCUGGGCACCGUGCGGGCGAGAAGAGGCGGUCCCCCGGGGGGGCUACUGCGCGGCGGUGGUGGCGGCAGUACGGGUGGUGGGGGCCGUGCCCUGCGAUCGGCAGGGGGUAGUGGGGAGGCGUGCACGUGGAAUCGCGCUGGUGAGGCGCGGGCCCAUGCCAACGACCGCCUGCUCACAGCACUCAAGCUUCGCCGCCUCCGGCGUUUGCGGCGCGCAUUUGGCGCCUGGUUUGGUGAAACGGGGAGCGGACGUGCCCGGCUCGAGGAGGGGCGCCGGCGGGAGGAGGCGGAGCGACGGCGCGAGGCCCAGCGUGCACGCCGAGCUGAACACAAGCGCCAGCUGCGCGAGGAGAUGUCCGCCCAGCCGCCGCGCAAGAGCGCCCGCCUCGCCACCCGCGCCCACUACGCCAUCGGCGGUGGGGACGGCGACGGCGCUAGGCCCGGCGGUGGCGGCACGAGCCGCGCGUGGCGCAGCCGGCAGCUGGAGCGUGCCAUGGCAGCGCUAAAGCGGCAGAGCUCGAUGCUGACUCCCGGCGUCACUGGGCUGCGCAACCUGGGCAAUACGUGCUACAUGAACUCCAUCCUACAGGUGCUUAGCCACCUGCACAAGUUCCGCGAGUGCUUCCUGGCGCUCGACAUGAGCGAGGGCGACGCUCCGCCGGCACCGCCGCCGCCGUCCCCAGCUCACGGCGGCGGCGAGACACGGGGUCCCUUCCCCCUCAUCCCGUCGUCGUCGGCGCCGCCGUCAUCGGCCGGGCCGCUCGGCGACCUCCUGGACCGCGCGGCGUCGGCGGGGCGGCUGGCGCGAGUAUCGACGCGCAGCGUGCACAAGCUGCUGCAGGCGCGGCGUGCGGCCGGCAUAGUGGGGCGCGCACCGGGGCAGACGGCACGCGCCGCCGCGGGGCCCGCCGGUUCGGCGGCCGGGCCCGCGGGGCUGGGCGGCGGAGGGAGCGGGUCGGCGCGCAGCUUGCGCUUGCUGCAGAGCCCCGUGGGCUGCCCCGGGCCGCUGUCGCUGUGCCGCGAGCUGCACACGCUCUUCCGCGUCAUGUGGUCGGGGAAGUGGGCGCUGGUGUCGCCCUUCGCCAUGCUGCACUCGGUGUGGAGGCUCAUCCCCGCGUUCAAGGGCUACGGGCAGCAGGAUGCGCAGGAAUUUCUCUGUGAGCUGCUCGAUCGCGUGCAGAGGGAGCUGGAGGGGGCGGGGGGCCGUGGCCCCCCACUGCUCAUACCCUUAGCCCAGCGCACGCUGCUGAGGCACGUGCUGCAGGUCGUCAACACCAUCUUCCAGGGCCAGCUGCUCAGCCAGGUCACCUGCAUGUCAUGCCUGCACAAGUCCGACACGGUGGAGCCCUUCUGGGACCUGUCGCUGGAGUUCCCUGCGCGCUACCACUGCGUGCGCAAGCGCGCGGGGGCGCACGGGCGCUCGCACGCACGCGCUCGCGCCCACCACCCGGACGCCGACUGCUCCCUCACCGAGAUGCUGAGCAAGUUCACCGAGACGGAGGCGCUAGAGGGCAAAAUCUACGCUUGCAGCUUCUGCAACAGCAAGCAGCGGGGUGGCGCCUCCAAGCCCUUGGUUCUAACAGAAGCCAGGAAGCAGCUGCUGGUGUGCCGUCUACCCCAAGUUCUGCGGCUGCACCUCAAGCGCUUCCGGUACACGCACUCUACAUGCCGGUGGUCCGGGCGUAACCAGCGUGAGAAGAUCGGCGUCCACGUGGCAUUCACGCGCGAGCUCAGCAUGAGGGCCUUCUGCAGCCGCAGUGGCGCGCGGCUGGGCGGACGCGAGGGCCUGGUGUACGACCUGUCGGCCGUCGUAAUGCACCACGGGCGUGGCUUCGGCUCCGGGCACUACACGGCCUACGUCUACAACACUGAGGGCGGCUUCUGGGUUCACUGCAACGACUCGGAGAUGAGCGUGUGCAGCGUGGAGGAGGUGUGCCGCGCCCAGGCCUACAUCCUCUUCUACUCGCAGCGCAAGUCACCCGACGAUCGAAUCUGCACCACGGCAACGGCGGUGCCGGAAACACGGGUGUUGCCCCCCGCGUCGGUCCCGGUCGCCCCCACCCUGGCCCCCCCCACCUCUUCCCCUACGCCCCCAGCCUCCCCAAAACCCUCUGGCCCCGAGGCGCUGUUUUCUCUGGAGCGCAGGGUGGCUGAGUCGUUUGCGCGCCCCGCACGUUCGCCAGCCACCGACGGGGAGCACUGCGAACCGCAGGCGGCGCCCUUCACCCCGCCGGCACCGCCCUUCACCCCGCCGGCACCGCCACCGCUGGACACGCAGCCCAGGGGAGGCCUGUGCGGCGACGACGAACAGGACCUUGCCGCCGGCACGCCCGACGCCCAGAGUAGCUCGCUCCCCGACAACGACGCCAGCGUAAGGACGCUGUUGCUGCACCCGCAGGCGUCCGAGCGGCCGCCACCACCGCUCAGACACUCCGUCCCGGGUUUUGGCAAUCUCCUGGAUUCCGUCCGCGAGCGAGCCGAGCCGGCGUUGCCCGCACCCGCGCUGGCCUCUGCUGAGCCGCACCAGACGUCCGCGGGUUUCUGGCUUGAAGCACAAGCUUGCGGCGGCAGUGGCGGCGCCGUUGAGCCCGGCCCGCUCGUCGCGACCGCCGGACCAGCGGGAGGAGGUUGCAGCGUCACCAGCGAGUUUGGCGCGGCCGCGGAGCGCAGCUGAUUGUUGACGCGGCAGCGGGUAGCGCUCCACGCGCUCCACGCUCUCCACGCGCUCCACGCUCUCCACGCUCAUGCUAAGCAGAGACGCGGACUCCUGAUGAAGAACUGACAGCGCUUGCAUCGGCCGUAUCGUGGCGGCGACAGCAUUAAAAGAACAGCCGGUACUCUAGCUACACGUGGCUUUAAAAUCGACGGGGGUUUUUUCGGCAUCUCGGUCCAGUUGAUGGCAACUUCACGCUCGGUUACGUCGAGCCAGGCUAAAGAGUGCGGGCGUCAACUUGCGUUUGAUAAUGCGCGAGUCACCGCGCCACCGCCGGUUUUGGUUCACAGGAGCCGCAGCGCCGGCGCGCGUCGUUCUCCUUGGCUCGGUGUGCCCGGGGCGGCGGUCGGCGCCAGUUUCCGUUCAUUCCCGGAGAAAACCAGGAUCUUCACUUUGGCCUCUGUUUUUACACCAGCACUUCCGUGUUCACUCUCAACAGCUUAAAAAAAAAGGCCUUGUAAUUCACUACUACUCAGGCAGCAUCGCAAUGUGGGGGUGCAAGCAGGGAAAGAUGAACAUGGGGGGCAGAGCCAGUGUCUGUGGGGGGGGGGGCACUGUUCCCCUUUCAUGAUUUGGGGUGGGGGGGGAGGCCCCCCCCUGCACCACCUCGCUUGCCCCACCCCUGGCGUGUACCACACGCAUACAUCGCUUGGCCCACGUGUACACCAUGCGGUGCACCACAUGUAACCUCAUGCGGCCGGUGUUUGUGCAUCAGCCCAGCGACAGCUCAGGUAGCUUUUUUGGAAAAAUCAACACUAACACACGCGCAUAUAUUGACACGCGUACGUACAUAUGGGUACAUAUAAAGCACACGCACGUGUACUUGCACGCACUGAGACGCAAAUGCAGUCUUUGUGCACGCAUAAAUACAUCUACAGUACACGCAUUAACAUAGUUACGUGCGCACAUGCAUAUACAAUACUUGCAUUCACGAAGUCAUGCACCCACAUACUAUCACACACACAUGCGUAAACGCAAGUGCGCCCACAGUGAUACAACUACACAUCACAUAGACUUAAGCGCACGGACAUACUUGCAUAUACUGUACCGUACACACACAGGACACACGUGCACUCUAGGAACUGCCAAGCCCCUUCCUCGGCACUGUGAGAGCAACACUGGUGUGUGAAUUUGUACAGAACAGCACACUUUUGCUGGGGUGGGCUAGGGGGUGAGUACUGAUUGGUUAGGGGGAGUGCAAGUACUGCUGGGUUAUGGGUGGGUAGGGAGGGAAGUAAUAAUGGGAUUUGUCUAAGGUCCGUGUUUGCAGCAGGUGGAGUUCUGCAAGACCCUUAAAAUACUCGGUUGUAUUUUCCGAGUGGAAACGUUCGUGCGGAUGUGCGCGCCUGUCUGUACGCACAGACACGCACGCUCGUGUGCGAGUACGUGAUCGCAUAGGCACUCGUGCAAGGUACACCGCGCACUCGUGCAAGGUACACCGCGCACUCGUGCAAGGUACACCGCGCACGCGCGCACGAGUUUGCCGGGUCGCUCGGCACGGCACACGAGCCGUGCGUGGGGUGGAAGCGGAUGGGGUCCUCGCGAAGGUCAUGGCCCGAGGCACUGAAGCGCUUGUGCGCAUGCACUCGCGCGUCUGCCGCGCCGCUCGUGCAAGUCGUGGAAGAAACGAGCGCGCGCGCGCGUAUACGUGAAGCGAGCGUUUCGCGAUCGGACGUGGUCCACGGUGCUGCUGUCGGCAAGAGACGUGGGGGUUUUUUUCCCCGCGGUUUUUCGGAGGAUGUCGUCGUACGUUGCUCGUCCUGCAGUGUGGGGCCUUGCCUCGCAUGCCGGCGGCCCCACGUGUCUCUCGGUGAGUAGAGUUAGAGCUACUUGUCACGUGUAGUGGGCCUCCGAGCGGCGGCCUAGGAUGUGUGGUUUGAAAUAGUUUUUUUGUAUUCGUGUCUAAAUUAUCCUGUAUGCAACAAACUCGUGGCACCUCGCCUCGGAGCGAGCCGUGAAAUUGUUGGGUGUUUAGCGUUAAAACGUUUUGUGAGCAAUAGAGAUUCUGAUCAUUGACCUUGGGUUGUGCAGCGGACGGUGGGGACCAGUUUGGCUAGCGUUAGUGCAGUAUUAAGAUUAGGCGUAGCGUUUGCGUCAGUGACAGUGUCAGCGUUGGGUUAUUUACGCUUAAAACUGCGUUUACGUCGUGGGGUUGGGUGUGGUAGCCUGAAUGUUUGUCCAGCAAAUUGUGGAGUCGGUGAGGCUCGCAGUACGCAACCGUGAUCACGGUCGGGGUCUGAAUUAGGGGUUGGGGUCAGCAUCGAUCAGGGUUAGAAGCCAUUCGGGGACGCUAUGACGGCAACAAUCACAGCAGCUGUUCCGUACAGGAUGGUUUGACACUGAAUAUUUCUCCUCCCUGAGCACUGUGCACACACCCGGCCCUCCCAGUUGAAACCGUGCUGGCCUUGUUCUUGGCCCAGGCAGGAUCCUUAGCCUACCCACGAAAACUAUUUUUAUGUAAUUUAAAAAGUGGUAAACGCCUUUUUUCUUUUUUAUUUCGUCUAAACACCCAAGAAUCGUUAUUUGCAAAAAUGGAAGAAAGUUAGUCACGAAUGAAUGCGCCGUAUUUUUUUAAAGUAACGUUGUAACAAGCCGUGCUAGGAGCUGGUGCUCGGCGGCUCAAGAGUUCCGGCCCCCGGGGUGGUUUCCACUGCCGCCCUGCGUCUCGGCCGAACGGUCGCGAGGGCGGAUUGGCGACCCAGGACGAGAGUCGCUCAGUCGCUGUGUGAAAAGUAACUUGUAACGACUGCCGAGACGCAGGACGAUCCCAGACCUCUGGAAUCGCUCCACUCGCUGUGUAAACCUCGGAGCAUCGCAGGGUCUUUUGUCUCCCACCUGUGCUCACACAUAUCCCUCGAAGUGGACUUUGUUGCUGCCGUGAGAAUGAAGGUGUCUAGCGAUGCAAAAGACGAGAUCAUUCUGUUAUAUCACCGGUUUUUAAACCAUGUCAAGCGCCUUGAGUGAAGGUGCUCUUUAAAUAUAAAGUUAUGAAUUACGCCUCAACGAUUUGAUCUAUCAACUUGGUUCAAAAGUAUUUCAUUUUGUAUUGUCUGCUAGUUCGUACUGUGUGGCACAUGUUGUCUUGUUAAUCUACAAUCUGCUCCCGUUGUAUUUUCUGUCCCGUUUAUUCCAUCAGCCUUCAUGUGGAACAACUCUUAAACACGAGCGAAAUAAUACAUUUCUGCCCAGUGACCAACGUGGCGUAACCUAUGCUCGGCGACCUUCAAACCGCGGUCUGGGAAAAAUUAUUAAAGUUGAUUGAUAGGAUGCCCAUUGCGUGAAGCUACGUGGAGAACCCCUUGGUCGCAGGGAAUGGUGGUAAAGAUGGUAUUUGGGAGUCUGCUGGGUGGGUCCUGCCGUGCUGCGUUGGUUGGCGUGUGGAGCACAAUGCAUGCUGGGUAAGUUGCACUAGCUGUGCCAGUGUAAAGAAGGCGUGAGGAUUUUAUUUGUUGUUUCGAGUUCGUGUUGCUGUGAUUUUGUCGAGAAAAGUGUCUACGUUAGUUUCAAACUGUUUACGAUUUCUUUUUAUAUAUAUAGAGUUUGUGAUAAAUACAUUUUUUUCUAAA